AUGAAUCCUCACGCCACGCCGCGCCCCUUCCCGGGCCGCUCGAUAGGACCUAGCUCCCUCCAGCAUCAAUUCCAGCAGAACCAACAGCCGCAGCCGCAGCAGCAGCAGCAGCAACGGCAACCCCUAGCUCCGCAAGUAUCCGCCAACGAAGAAUAUGCCUCCAUCGCCGACGAGGAUCGCGAACACAUUGACGAAGUCUUCGAUCUAAUGGACAUGAAGAAAAAGGGCUGGCUAAACUCGUACGAAUUCAAACACUCCCUGGCCGCCCUUGGCUUCGACCUAAGCAAGCCCGAAUACUUCCGCGAGCUUCAGUCCUACGGCUCCGUCCCCCCAGACUGGCAUGACCAGCAAUCCUGCCCCGUCAACAGAUACUACGUAUACCUCGACCAAUUCCGGUUAUGUGCCGCCAAGCUUAUUGCCAAUCGAGACCCACGCGAGGAGGCAGCCAAGGUGUUUGCCAUGUUCGACUACGACCAGGAUGGGUUCAUAUCAGUAGAGGACUUGCGGCACCUAGCACAGGAGAUCAAAGACGAGCGUACCUUGUCGGAUGAGGAGAUUCAAAGCAUGAUUGAUCACCUGGAUCACGAUGGCAAGGGAGGCGUCAGCCUGGAUGAGUUCAUGCAGAUGAUGGAGGAGGCCGGGUAG